AGUUACUGACAGUUCAGAAUAUUGCUGCGUUUUACAAUACACGUUUCAAAUAAAAAUUAAACACAUAACAUAGAUCGUUAUGAGUCAGAAUCCAUUUGCUUUAUUGUUUCAAGAUAAUAAUUCAUCUUCAGUCAAACCAGAUGUAAAAACACAGGCUAAAGAGAAACAAGACAUAAAUGAUAUUUUAGAAGAAAUUUUCCUUUUUACUUUGGAAUCUAAUCAUGAGGGAGACACGACUAAAGCUCCUCGAGUCUAUCUUGCAGAUUUCCAUUCUCAACUAAAUCAAACAUGGCUAGAUUUGGAAUGUUUGGCACAAGCCGUUUGUGAGAGAAUAAUGCUAAAUGAUCCAAAACAAUUUCUAACAGGCAAGGGGCAUAAUGAGGCAGCAGAAGGAGCAAGAAUUAGGUAUUUGGUUCAAUGUUUUAUAAGAUUUAGAGGAUGUAAACAGAGAAUUAUUAAUGGAGAAUUAAAAGAGAAAUGUCAAAACGCUAUUGUGAAAAAUUCAGUUUUAGUCUUGCAGCAACCUGAACUUUUCCCUGACAAUGUCGAUCUUAAUACACUUUAUAAUCUCUUUUUAGAAUAUCGAGAAAAGGAUAUUGGAUCGUUUUCCGAAUUUAUUAAUCUCAUUGCAGCCGAUAUUGCACCAUCAGAUGAAGGAAAAUCUAUUUCAGAAAUAUUUUCCCCAAUGCUUAAUAUAUGUCACAGAGAUUUGAAGAGAAUUGAUGCAAUUGGACAUCCUGAUAUAAUGAAGCACUUAGAGCUUUUGGAACUAUUUGUUUCAGAUUCGAAUUUGGCAACAGUUUUCCUUGAUCAUCUAUUUUCCAUGAUUAGAAAAAUAGGAUCUAAUGUACCCGGAAGUGCCUAUGCUGAAAAUGCAUUUGGAGCUUUACUGAGUAUAGGUUGUAUUCCAACCGCGUUGCUUCCUGGACAACAUUAUCACUUCUUUGAUAAACCGAGUCGAAUGAGUAGGCAAGAACAAGAAAGCAUUGAAGGAAAUAUUCACAGAUUUAUGGAUACUCUACAAGACAGAAUGUAUACGAUUGUUUAUAAAAUACUGAAAGUCAACCUAUCAUGUAAACGUCAAUUUUUAAAAUGGAUUGGAGAAUGUAUAUUCGCUAAUAAAGGUAGGCAACAAACGUGGACGCAACUACAAGGGCCAUUGAAUAUGCUCCAACCGCAGUAUGUAAAUCACGCAUUUUUUCUUAACUUGGGUGCGAUUAUGCUUCGUUUAUGCCAGCCAUUUGCCAACCCUAGUUCACCUAAAUUGGACUCAAUAAAUGUCGACUAUUGCCUGUUUUCUACGAAAGAUUUAAAUAGGAGAGAAGAUGUAAAUUGUGUUGGGUUAAAAGAUGAAACAUGUUUACAACCAAAAUCUGAUGAUUUUAAGUAUCCUGAAGGCAAGGAACCAAUGAAUUUCAUAACAGAGUGUUUCUUUUUAACACAUCAGAUUCUUAGAGUUGGAUUCUAUGCAGUUAAUGAGAAUUUAAUAGCUCUUAAUCAAGAUAUGCACCGUAUGCAAGGCACUUUCAAUGAUAUUAGAGCACAAGGAGGAGAAAACACAGAAAGAGGAAAAAAAAUAUAUGAAUUUAUGGAAAGUAAAAUGACUACAUAUUUAUGUGUGAAAGCAGCAAUGUGUCACCCAUCAAGCUUAGAAUCAAACUUACAAUUGCAGAUUGCUACUUCUUAUUUUCUUUGUAAGCUAAAAGAUAAUGAAGUCGUUUUAAGUACAAUACCAGAAUUUUUGGCUCAAAACGUUGUUGAAUUAAUUAUUGCCAUACAUAGAUUUAAGAUUGACAAUAUCAAUAGUCCUCUAAAUUCAAAUCAUCUAUUAUCUUUUAUUUUCGAUUUCAUGGCUUACCCAUCCAGAUUGAGAAACCCUCACAGCAGAGCAAAUAUGGCUGAGGCUCUAGAGUCGUUUAUUCCUAAUCUGGAUCCGGAUCAGAGAGAGUUCAAUUCGACAAUAGACUUUGAUAAACAUCCACGGAACAACGAAUUGAUAGAAAGCAUUAUUGCAGUUUUUGUCAGCAUAGAAGAAACAGGGAUGGGCGUGGAAUUUGAGCAAAAGUUUACAUAUCGCCGUCCUAUGUAUAAAAUUCUUAAAUAUGCCCUUGCUAUUGAAAAGCAUCGCCAAGAGGCAGUAAAACUAUCCAAUGUAGCUUUAAGGAUUGUUGAAGCUCAAGAUCCACCUCUCUUCUUGAGAUUCAUUAACCUACUAGUAAACGAUGCUAUAUUUCUUUUGGAUGAAGCUUUAGGAUUUAUGAAAGAAAUAAAAAGCCUAGAAGAGAAAAAAGAUAGUCCCGAGUGGGCUAACAUGAACCCGGAUGAAAAGCGAGAAUUGCAACAAACAUUGAAUACCUCGGGAAGGUUAGCUAGAUUUCAUAAUGUUAUGGCUUCAGCUACGAUCGACGCUCUUCAAGCUCUAACUAAAUGUGCUCCCAGAAUCUUUACUCACAAUAUUAUGAAAGAUCGAAUUUCUGCUAUGCUUAAUUACUUUUUGUUAAACUUGGUUGGGUCAAAGAGAAAACAAUUUAAGACGAAAGAUUUAUCAGCAUACGAAUUCAAGCCAUCAGAAAUUCUCAUCGACAUUUGUCGGAUCUAUCUAAAUCUAAGUCAAUCUGAAGAGUUUUGUUUAGCUGUUAUCAAGGAUGAGCGGUCAUUUUCAGUCAAUCUGUUUCAAGAGGCCGAAGCAACUUUAAAGAGAAUAGGACCAUGUACGGCUGAGACGGAACAAUUUUCGGAAAUGACAAGAAAGAUAUUAGCACAAAAUACAAAUAUCGACGACGACGAAUCUAUUGUAAAUGAAGCACCAGAAGAAUUCCUUGAUCCAAUAAUGGGUACGUUGAUGACGGAUCCCGUACUGUUACCCACAAGUGGCAAUAUUGUCGAUAAAACUACCAUAGCUAGACAUAUACUGAGCGAUCAAACAGAUCCUUUCAAUAGACUUCCUUUAUCAAUGAAAAUGUUAGAACCUCAAGCCGAUCUUAAAGAGAGAAUAGAGAAUUGGAAAGCCAAUUUUAAAAAGGAAAAUAAGUAA